AUGACUCGUAUCGAGGAUGUUCCUACUUCAACCAUGAAGGCCUUCCCUCAUGUGUUUGAUGAUCCCCAGUCCAUUCCCAAGUCCGUUGACCCCUUCACCAUCACAGCUGCGUCAGGAUUCAUGCCUACCAUCCUGCCAGCAACCACCCUGCCGGAGGUAUUCGCUCCUCUAUCCUCCAUCAUGGACCGCCUCCCUGUCCGCAAGGCUGAUGGAACUCCCGGACUGCUUGCUACCUAUGAACUGGGUGACGUUGUCCAUGCGGAGCUCCCUGAUCUCACGGAUGAGAUUGACAAGAUUGUCACCCCUGAUGGCAAGCCAGAUCUAUAUACGCUUACAGCCAUCUUUAGAGACUACUCCUUCCUUGCCUCUUCUUACCUCUUGGAGCCCUGCUGGAAGUCCUGGAACACUAAUCCUGACCAAGGCUAUGGUCUUGGACGUGAUAGACUCCCUCACUCUAUUGCUGGCCCAAUGUAUAAGAGUGCUCAGAUCUUGGAUCUUCCUCCAUUCCUGUCUUAUGCUGCCUCGUAUGCUCUGUUCAACUAUGCCCUUGCCGACACCUCCAAGGGAUAUGACUACUCCAACUUGAGGCUCAUCCGUGGCUUCGAGCACGGUCUUGAUCCUGACAGCUCUGAAGCUGGAUUUAUUCUUACCCACGUGUAUAUGGUCAAGGAGACUGGCUCCCUUGUUGACGGUGUCGUCCGCAUCCUCAAUGCCGUUGAGCAAGGUGCUGACCGUGCUACCGUCAAUGAUGCCUAUCGUACCAUCCUUGCUGGCAUGACCAAGAUCGAGGAGUGCAUGGAAGACAUGUGGAAGAACUCCAAGCCAGGCGACUACAUCUCUUUCCGUGUGUUCAUCUUCGGCAUCACCUCCCAGUCCAUGUUCCCCAACGGCGUCGUCUACGAGGGCAUCGAGGACAACCAGCCCUUGAACUUCCGCGGAGAGUCCGGGGCCAAUGACAGCAUCAUCCCACUACUGGAUCAUCUCUGCCAGAUUCCCAUGCCUGAUACUCCACUCACUAAGAUCUUGCAUGAGUUCCGUGCUUACCGCCCAUUGCCCCACCGCAAGUUCCUUGCCCAUGUCGCUGCUAAGUCCGCCGAGCUCGACAUCCCCAAGUACUCCAUGCAGGACCCAGAGACCGUCUUCCUCUACCUAAAAACGCUCGACCACGUUCGCAGCUUCCGGUGGAGACACUGGCUCUUUGCCCGAGAAUACAUCAUCAAGCGCACCUCCCACCCAACUGCUACCGGAGGAAGUCCCAUCGUCACCUGGCUUCCCAACCAGCUUUUUGCUGUCAUGGACCUCAUGAUUGCCACUUAUGACAAUGCUGUCGUUCCAAUGUUGAAGAACGGAGCUGGCACAAAGGGUGAGAACCUUGGUUCAUUCGAUAAGUACAAGGACCAGGUCGAAGAGAUGAUGGAGCUUGUAAGAGACCAGAGGGAUAAGCUGGAUAAGGAAGUUCUCAAAUGGUGCCAAGAGCGAGGUGUCCCAACCAACCAGUAA